AUGUAUCUACCAAACACACGCUGGACGUGGUCGUUUGUCAUAGUCACGACGGUUCAGGCUGCUUGUAUUCUUGCCUUUGAGUCAUAUAUUUUCGCCCGCUUCCAGCUACAACUUCAUGGAAAUACAGCAACAAACACCGACUCAAAAACUAUCCCAACGUUCCUGACCCUUUAUAUCUUCGGUUUUGUUUACGAACUUGUUCUGGUAUACGAUGCACUUCGGCUUAAAAAUACCAUUCAAGUGAUUGGACUGUGUAUUUGCAACUUUGGCCUACUUAUCUACGGGGCCGUGCAAAUCGACCAGAUCGAUUCCGCAGUAAAGGCGCUCGCUGAGGAUCAACUUAUCCAACCUGGUGUACUAGACGAGAUCAGACCGUUCCUCAUCGCAAUCCCUUGCAUCACCGGACUGGGAACAGUUGCCAUGAGCUUCCUUGCAUGGAAGCUAUAUGAUGAAUUUGCCUGGACGAUCUAUAAGCAUAUAAGUGCCGAUUUGCGGAUGAAGCGUCGUUACCUUACGUAUCAGAUCUACAUUGCCCUGUUGAAGUUUGACUUUUUCUUCUUCCUUGGGUUUACGGUUCAAUUUGUGGUUAUUGUGACAGAAACCAAGACUAUCGAGUUUGCUCUCACUCUUGCUGCCAUACCAGUUACUAUCCUGAUCCUGAUCAUGGCUGCGUUCUGGACCCGGCGUGAAAGCACAGUUGGCAUGAUAAUCGUCAUCUUGCUAUAUUUUGGCGGUUUUGCCUACUUCCUCUUCAAGUUGAUCCGAAUGUAUUCUCCUGCGAAGGAGCAGGCAUAUCUCCCUGCUCGUCGAUCGCUUACAUUCUUUGCCGUCGCCACCAUCAUUCUUAUCAUAAUGACGAUUAUUAAUGCCAUACUGUGCACUCUCAAUUUUAACAAGGGAUUGAAGCCACACAUUACAAGCAAGAAGAGGCACCGUGGUGCUGAGAAGGGUGAAGGCACUGAGCUUCACGACCAGUUCUCACAAAACCCUGUGCCCACUCGCAUGACAAUUGAUUGA